GCAGAUUGCAGCAGCAGCAGCACGUUGGCGUCUCUGGUUUUUCUUGAACUGUUGGUUGUGCUUCCAUCGCUGAACGAGCGUUGCACGCCCCACACAACGGCGACACCGUGUACAUUUAUUGAUCUACCUGUCGUGUUGAGUGAGCGACGCAACGUCCAUCCCUCCAGAGUCCAUCAUUGCCCUACCAGCGCUUCGAUUGUGUGUGUGUGUGUGUGUGUUGCGUGGCAGCCUUUCUUCCUGAGAAACGGCACUACCCCCCUGCAAGCUUUUCUUUUUCUCUCCUUAAUAGAAAGACUCGUGUAGCACGCUGGACGUGUUGAUUUGUGUUUUCACAUUUUUCCUUUUAAGGACCGUGCUUUUUGGCGGUCUUCGGUGGUCUCCACGGCGGACCCAACGCAAGCGAACGUCCGAAGGAAAUACGAAGACUUCGAGGAGGACACUUCACGGGAGCAUAUCAAAGCCCAUUGCCUUUUCACUCUGUGUGUGUGGGUGUGUGCCUUGUCGUGUUUCCAUCGCGGUGAGGAAUACAUCUACCAAAGUAUAAUUCUGUUCAUAGACUCAUAUAAACGCAGUUGUAAAUCGGAAAGCAAGUAAGUUACCAUUUUUUUUUUGUUUAUCUCGGUCAGCUCACCAACGUGAACGCACGUCCACACACGCACACACGGACAGUCUCCUCACGUCAAACACAGAUCAAAACCCUCUAGGAAAGAUCAGCGUAGUAAGGCAAAUAUAAAAAGGCUAACGAUGCUCCCCAAUAAUGCCAAUAGCCCUCUGAAGCGCAACCGCGGCUCUGCAGACGGGAACGAGGAAGACGACUUCGGUUUGCAGCGGCGCAGUCCACGCGAGGAGCGUACCGGCGGCUUCCCGAGCGCCGCCCCCCAGAUGAACGUCCACUCGGACCCCAACGUGGGCGCCGACGCCGUGAUACCUGACAAGCCGACAUCCACCACGAACGAUGAGGCGGUGGAAGGGGACGUCGUUGCGCGGCCGGCGGGGACGCGGCGGGUCACCACCCGCGACCGCACCUCCACCCACUCGGCGGCCUUCACCAACAGCUCGACCAGCACUAGCCGUUCGCGUGCCAGCAGUCACAGCGUGCGACCGACGCCGCCGCCGCCGCUGCCCACCUCAGCCCCCACCAGGUCCUCCUCGACGUCGUCCUACAGCGAUGAGGAAGUGGAGGACGAGACGAACGAGAAGGACCCGCGCAACCACGCCGAGGAUGUGGCGAAGAAGUACCCGAUGUUUACCGAGGCCUACGCGGAGAAGUUCCGCCGUGAUGCGACGCCGUUUCUGCGAGUGGUGGAGAUGAGCGGUGUGUCCCCCGCGAAGGCGACGGACGCAAGCACGUUCUCCUCCUCCGCGCCGGGCUCCUUCUCUGGUAUCUCCCACCGUGAGAAGCACUUUGUGCUGUACGACACCUACGUGUACGAGAAGACGCUCGGCAAGGGCACGUUUUCGAAGGUGGUCCUCGGCCACGCCUCGCCGUCCUCGACCGUCUUGUCGAACCAAAUCUCCGGCGACGUCCCGCCGUGUGUCGCGCUGAAGGUGUUCCGCGAUAAAGAAGAGUACAUCGAGGCCUGCUGGGACGAGUUCACGAUCCUGAACUCGAUCUGCGUCGACCCGCCCACGGUGACCCCCGAGUCGGUGAUGGCGGCGAUGGCGGGCAGCGGGCACCGGCACGGCUCCAGCCCGUUUCCCUCGCCCUACAUCUCCAUCCGCUCCGUCGUGAUGUUCACCGCCUCCACGUGCGGCAUUAAGCAGCAGUACUUCGCCGACCAAGGCCGCUUCAUCGUCCCCCUCGGCUACGUCGCCCACCCGGUGCACCCCGCCAUCGUCUUCCCGGUGAUGGGGCCGACGCUGCUGAACGUGCUGGAUGCAAUUCGGCAGAAGAGUAAGGAGGUCACGCGGGCCUCACGGCACAAACGCCCGCGCAUCGAGGCGGCCGCGCCGGCGGUGGUCGCCCCGCGGGACUUCGCGGGUCGCACAAGCAAAACGAGCGCAGCGUCGCCGCCGCCCCCACACCCAACGACUGCCCCCGCUGCCGCACCGAAGCCGAACAUCGCCGCUUGCGGUUUGGAGGCCAACGGCGCUGCGGCGGCACCCGGGCAGCGCCGCGUGUACUACCGUGGACUACCCCUCCCUCUGCUCAAGGCCGUUCUCUACCAGAUGCUGACCUUCCUGCACUUCAUUCACUGCCGCGGCGUGGUGCACACGGACCUGAAGCCCGAAAACGUCCUUUUCGAGUCCUCCAAGGUGCUCUCGGUGGACGUGGGGAUCUACUACACGCAUUACACCCCGCACGACUGUGAGUUCAACAACAGCACAAGUCCUGCCUCGGCCGCACCCGCAACGCCCGUGACGGAGACGAAGAAGCGCUCGAAUGACGGCUACAAGUUUCAGAGCUCCUCGUUGGAGCAGCGCGCACACCGCGAUGAACAGGCGGCCUUCUCCCCCGCCACCUCGCCGCUCAAUACUGCACACGGCGAUCCGCAGGAAGACGACGGUGAACACAUGAUGCUUUCGCUGGAGGGGAACCGGGUGAUGUCGGGAGGGGCGGACGCCACGGCCGGUGACACCGCCACCAACACCGUCCCCAUCGACGUCUUUGCCUCGCACAAGGACGACAUCACCCUCGCGCAUUACGUGCGGGUCGCCAUGCCGGUGAUGAACAGCAUCCGCGUGAUGGACCUCGGUGCGGCGCAGUUCCUCUCCACCUUCCGCGACUACAGCCUCGUCCCCGGCUACGCGCACGUGCCCGUCAGCUACAACCCCAUUCAGACCUCGCACUAUCGCAGCCCGGAGGUGCUGCUCGGCUUUGGAUGGAGCACCUCGGCCGACAUCUUCUCCCUCGGUUGCAUGAUCUCCGAGCUCUUGACGGGCGACUGUCUCUUUAUGCCGAACCACACGAUGGAGCAUCUGGCCAUGAUGCAGCACGUCCUCGGCACCUUCCACGACAAGGAGGGCAUCCGCAACGGGACGGCGGUCAACCUGCGCAGCGUCUUUGCUUGCAACAUGCGCACCUUCCGCCACUACUUCACUCUCCAACCGAACAAUCGCGACUUCGACCUCAAGUGGCCGGUGUCGAAGGAGGCGGUGCAGGAGCAGGCGAAGCAGCAGCGCUUUGCCUCGCACCCCAGCGGCAAGAAUGACGAGGAGGGCCUGGAGCCGCUAGAGGAGACGCUACCGGAGGACAUCGAGUACGUGACACGCAAACCGAAGCUGGACGAAAUUCUGUCCCCGCUGCCCGACCUGCUGGACCUGACCCGUCGCAUGCUGCACUACCACCCCUUCAAGCGCAUUACGGCAGAGGAAGCGCUGCAGCACCCGUUUUUCAGCAACAUGUAG